AUGGAAACGCCUGACUGGCAUCCUGCAGUUGUGGUCAGCAGCACUCAAAAAGAGGAUGAACACCAGCUAUACAACGAGUUCUUCUCUAAACCUACACUAAAACUUGACGAGCUGCUGGAGAAGUUGUGUUUGUCACUCUAUGAUGUCCUCCGGCCGCUCAUUAUCCACAUCAUCCACCUGGAAACCCUGUCUGAGCUCUGCAGCAUCCUUAAGAACGAGAUGCUCGAAGACCACGUCCAAAACAACGCUGCACAGAUGGGAGCCUUUGAUGCUGUGGUGAAGCAAAUGCUGGAGGAUGUUCAGGAGAGGCUGGUCUACAGGACUCACAUUUACAUACAGACUGAUAUCAUAGGUUACAACCCAGCUCCAGGGGAUCUGGCAUAUCCUGAAAAACUGGAGAUGAUGGAGAAAAUUGCCCAGAGCUUGAAAGAAGAGCAGAUGAAGCAGAUGUCACAAGAAUCCACGUUUUCUGAUGUACAGCUUGAAGAUGCUGACGGUAGAAGAAACAGCAGUGUCGCCAGCGUAGAGGCAUCUUGUCUCAACACAUCUGUCUCUCCCGCGGAUCUGCACGGCAUGUGGUACCCGACUGUCAGGCGAACGCUGGUUUGUCUGUCCAAGCUUUACAGAUGCAUAGAUAGAGUGGUAUUCCAGGGUUUAUCUCAAGAAGCCUUGUCGGCUUGCAUCCAGUCGCUGCUUAAAGCCUCUGAUAUCAUCCUUAAAAAUAAGACACAAGUAGAUGGGCAACUUUUCCUGAUCAAGCACCUGCUGAUAAUGCGUGAACAGAUUGCCCCAUUUCACACUGAUUUUGCCAUCAAGGAAAUCUCACUGGACCUGAAAAAAACACGAGAUGCCGCCUUCAAAAUCCUGCACCCUAAGGCUGUUCCCAAAUUCUUCCGACUCAAUAGUCACAAUGCCAUACUUGAAUUCCUGUUGGAGGGAACACCGGAGAUAAAGGAGCACUACAUCGACUCAAAGAAGGACGUGGACCGGCACCUGAAGUUCAGCUGUGAGCAGUUUAUCCAACAGCAGACUCAGAUCUUCGUGGGGAACCUUGAGGAGUUUCUCACCAAGGUCGCAGCCCUAAAGACGAUGGCAAUCCAAGGCGGCCCGACGUACAGCCUGUCUCAGCAGCCUUGGGCGCAGCCAGCAAAGAUCAACGAUAUAGUGAUGGCUACCUACCGGGUGAUGAAGAGCAAGCUGCCAAGCACUUUACAGAGCAUGUCCUUGUACUUGGCCAACAGAGACACAGAGUUCAUCCUUUUCAAGCCUGUCCGGAAUAACAUCCAGCAGGUAUUCCAAAGACUGCAUGCCUUGCUUCAGGAGGAAUACAGCGGGGAAGAUCUUCAAAUCAUCGCGUGUCCAUCAAUGGAGCAGGUUAAUUUACUUCUGUCGGUGAAUAAGUAAUGUUUGGUGAAGAGACGCUGGUGAACCCCCUCUGGACAAGCGAUAAGAAACUGCAGCUACCGCCAUGACCCGAAGCUGUGAGGUUGAGUAGGCGAGAUGACCAGAAAAACUGUGCCCGUGCUGCCUUCUGGACCACAAAUCCUGAACUGAUGGCAUUAAAGAAAAAAAGAAAAUAAUUCUCGCACGAGGCCCAAAAAUGUUUCGAUAGAGGUGUCUGUAUUCAUGUUGAAGCCUAUAACGAUCCAGGAGGUGCAGAGUAACGUGUAAGGGUAUGAACUGAUCAUUUUAUUUAACUAAAAACUGCUGUUUUGGUCAGGGUUGCUUUCACAGUUUCAUCUCUGGACACCAAAUCUUUGGGGAUAAGGAGAAUUUGCACUCUAUGUGAAGGUGGGGUGGAGAUGGUUCAGACAAGGACACAUCCGGACAAAUCAGAUGCACGUGUCGCCCUACUGAGCAGCCAAGAAGCCCAAGACCAGGAAAAGAGAAAUGCUGCAGGAUAUCAUAUUCCUUUAUUUGGAUUCUUUGUAAAACUCUCAGUAGAGCUGGAUGAUGACGUGUGCUACAGGUGACUCCGACGACUUUCCCAAUCAAAUCGCAGCACGUCCUUGUCGCUGCUUCUUAAACCUUUUCAUCCACCACGUUCUUGUGAUGGUCUGAUAUUUUAUUGAUGUGUAAAAAGAUAAGGGACUCUUAUGUUUUAUACUUUCUUUUUUUUUUAUAACCAGACAGAUUAAAAAUAAGUAUGCAUUUGCUCUUGUACAGUAAUACACAAUGUUCAUAAGUGUUUGAUCCUCACAGAGUAACAAAAGAAAAAUCAUCAUCAUACAUAUGCUUUGGUGUGUCCCAUAUAAAGAUGACGUGUAAAGGUAUUCUAUUUAUGGACUUUCUGAUUAAAAAAGGUUAA